AUCGGUGGGGUCACCAGUGGCUUUCAGAAUCACAGUAGGACAAAUAGUAUCAAUAAGGGAUAAAUUUGAAUACCGAUGUCAGAUAACAUGGUGUCAUUUCAAAAAGAACCUUGUGGAAUAUUUUGCGUACUUUUAACAUAUAGUUGUAUUUUUUACGCUGACUACUGUUUCAUUGGGCAUGUCGUCGUUCCUACUUUGUCAAAUAGUAUCUGGGGUGUUGUAAAUGGUCUUCUUUUCAAUAUUUUUAUAAUGCUACUUGCAGUUUCUCAUUUUCGAGCAACUACAUCUGAUCCAGGAAAAGUUCCUUUACCAAGCACAACUCUGGAUUUUUCUGAUAUGCAUCAAGCAGCUUCAUUGUUAACUAAGGAUGAAAACAAUUGGACAGUAUGCUCUCGCUGUGAAACGUACAGACCUCCUAGAGCACAUCAUUGUAGAGUGUGUGGUAGAUGUAUAAAGAAAAUGGACCACCAUUGCCCAUGGAUAAACAAUUGUGUUGGUGAAAGAAAUCAAAAGUAUUUUGUACUGUUUCUAAUUUAUACCGGACUCUCUUCGUUACAUGCAAUUCUGUUGACAUCAAUUUCUUUAUCUUUGCCAUGCAUUGAUUGUUCUGAACAAUAUGCUUCAAGAACUAGACAGAUUUAUGCAAUAACAUUAAUAAUUGAAGGAUUAAUAUUUGGACUUUUUGUUGUUGCAUUACUAUGCGACCAGUUUUCCUCAAUCUGUAAUGAUACGACUGCAAUAGAAUACGUGCAGAAAAAAGCAUCGCGCCGUGAUCAAAAAUCAACAAAAGAACUUUUAAUAGAAGUAUUUGGCAAAGGGCCAUCCCUAUCAUGGUUUUUACCUUGUUCGGCUCCUGAUUUGUUGUUGAAGAGUGAUAAUAAUACGUUUUAUCAAGUGUGAUAUCUUAUGGUAGUUCGUAGAUUUCUGUACGUCUCUGCAGUUAAAGGCAUCUUCCUUUAAUACUCACUACACGAACUCUCCAAACAGAUUGGAAACUUAACUGAAUUUAGGAUAGUAGGGGAUCAAUUUCCUAGUGUCACAGAAAGAAGCAUAAUUAGGUUGGGUUAGUACAAAACGUUAUAUUCCUUUAAUGAGCUUUUAGUACAAAACUGCUCCCUAAACUGUGUUCUGGUGAAACUCAAAUGGUCAUUCAAAGUCAGCAUGGAGCAUCCUCCUAUGACUAUGUUAUUGAUAGCAUAGCUAAAUUGGAGUAGUGCGAAUUUAUCACAAACGUUAGACCUGCUAAAUGAUGAUCUUGUAAAUAAUGUAUAAUAUAUUGUAGUCGUAGACUAGAUAUAAAACCAGUUUAUUUAAUAAGUAGGUGAAGAAGUAACUUCAACUCAUCAAUAUCGUGCAUACGUAUACAUACUAACAGAGCCUGGCACAGCCCACUAUCAAAUGCUUUCACAGAUGUAAUAAUUAAAUGGUAUAUAAAUUUC